UCACCGCCAGUAUCGAAUCACAUCUCAUCAUGAACAGCUUUUCUUUUUUCUUCUAAGAUACUUGUGUCCGGGGUGUUGUGGACAAAGGGGAAUUUUUCGAAAAUAUAAUUUAUUUGUUUUGAAAAAAAAAAGGGAAGGAAAAACCUGGGAAGAAAAAGGUGUGCAUCAAUGGCAACUGGGACCUCUAUCUUCCUGUAUAAAUACCAAAUCAACUCUACUUUUCUCUCUAUACAAAACCCACAGGAAGCACUGGCCACUUCAUUACUUCUCAUGGCUUCUACAGAACCCACCAUGCCCAACCGUUCUUCAACAUCGCGGGCAAGAAAGACCGCUUCAGCGCAGAAGAAGCAGCCCCAGAGAGGAAUGGGUGUGGCCCAGUUGGAGAGGUUGAGGGUAGAAGAGUGGAAGAAGAUGACUGGGAUCACCCAUCUCCAACCAAUGAGUCUUCCCGGUCAUUUUCGGUAUCAGAUUCCCUACCAGUUUGCGGAGCCGCCUCCGGCGCCGGCCAGUGGUCCGGUGCAGCCGGGGUUGGGCUCGCCGGGGUGGGUUCCAAGGUUUGGGGGUGGUGGGUUUCAUGGGUUUAGUGGCGGUGGUGGGUUCAGGGUGGUGGAUCCGUACAGAAAUGAUGGAGCUGUGGGGGCUUUAACGGAGGCCUCGAGAGAGCUCUCUUCAAUGCCAAAGAUGGAUUGUGUUUUUGAUCGCUGUGAUGUCUGCUUUAAGAAGAAGAGAAUGAAUGCUGACAAUUUAGGGUUUAGUGGAGGAAGAGAGAAGUAUGCAGAGACACCACCCAUCAACAGCUUUGAUUUUCUGGGAUUGGACAUGGCCAAUGACGAGAACCGAGAUUUAAGCCGUAGACGAUCACCCAUGACUGCUACUUACGCUUGUUACAACCACAGCGAGGAUGCGGAGGUUGUUGCAGUUCAUAGGAAGGGAAACUCUGUGAAUGGAAGAAUUUUUAUGGAGUAUGAGUUUUUUCCGGGGAAAGGAGAAGCUUCAACUUCAGUGGUUGGUGGUGGUGGUGAAGCUUCUCUUGCAAUACCAACUGCUGAAGCUGCUACUACCACUAGUAGUAGGAAUGCUUCUAAUGUUGUUGAUUUGUCCCUCAAGCUUUCAUAUUAGAAGCCAAAAGAAGGAUCUGUUUUUGUUGUUUUUGCUUUUGUGUUUUAUCAUGUUUUCAUUUUUGUGUGUAAUGCAUGUGAUCCAGAACCCAACCUCACAGCUUUCUCAUUACCCUUUUCUUGUGAAAAGCUAAUACCCCUACCCAAAUUGACCAAUACAUAUUCUGAUUCUUGGCAAAAUCUCUCUCUCUCUCUCUCUCUCUCUCUCUCUCUCUCUCUCUCUCUCUCUGAUUGUGUCAGUGAGUAGGCCUUUUAUGAUCUUGCCUUUAUUUCUCAUUUAAUCCAUAUUGUUCUUUUGAAUCUGUUAUGGCUCUGGAUAGGUAUGUACCAUAAUUCCAACCACUUUUAUGUCACAUAAAAUUAAUGUGUUAAUGUUGUUUGAUCA